AUGACACACGCGCCGGAAUCCCCCAAGAUGGCUGAAUCCAAGGCGGACGCGGCCGUUGUCAGCGAAUUGGCGCCUCCAUCCAGCCUCAAGGACGCCAGCCUCGAAGAGAAUGGAGGCGACAUCAUAUCGUCAGCGGCCUACCGCAACAUCAUCCGGCGCAUUGAUCGACGACUGAUCAUUACUACUGGAUUCAUGUACUGCGUCAGUCUCAUUGACCGGACCAACAUCGGGUCUGCCAACAUUGCUGGCAUGUCUGUCGACCUUGGGCUUGAUGUUGGAUAUCGUUAUUCUUUGAUUGCCCUCGUAUUCUUCAUCUCCUUCAUUCUGUUCGAACCUCCCGCGACUGUUGCCUGUCGAAAAUUCGGAGCCAAGCUCUUUCUGCCUGGAAUCACUCUCGCAUGGGGCAUCUUGUUGAUUGGAUUCGGAUUUCCCAACAACUGGCAGGCUUUGGCUGGGCUGAGAUUCAUCCUGGGAAUCUUGGAGGGAGGGUUUCUGCCUUGCUGCAUCUAUCUCAUUUCCACAUGGUACACGCGAUAUGACCUUCAGAAGCGCAUCACUGUCUUUUAUGCCAUUGGUUUCUUCUCUUCUGGUCUGGGAGGCAUUCUUGCCUAUGGACUGAUGCAGAUGGAAGGAGUUGGCGGCCUAAGAGGUUGGAGAUGGAUUUUCAUCAUUGAGGGCCUGGUAAGCCUUGAAUCCCCCUUCGUUGAUUCAAAGCUUGAGAGGACUAACACGCAUUCUCAGCUCACGGUUGUUAUCUCAAUUAUCAGCUUCUUCACCAUCCUCGAUUUCCCUGACCGAGCCUACCUCAAAUCCAGUCUUCUUACCAAGGAAGAGUGUGACUUGGUCAUGGCGGCUAUCGAUGUCGAUAGAAGCGACGCUGCAGACGAGCCUUGGGACUUCAAGAAGUGGAUUUCCUCAGGAAAAGACCCCCUCGUCUAUGGCUAUGCCCUCAUCUUCUUUGGUUUGACGGCCAUUACAUACGCCGUCGCCUACUUCCUGCCCAUCAUUCUGCGAAACCAGAUGGGUUUCUCGCUUGCCGCCUCCCAGUGCCUUAUCGCACCUCCUUACUUCGCCGCAGCUUGCUGGAUGUAUCUCACUGCUUGGAUUAGCGACAAGUAUCGCAUCCGUGGGCCCAUCAUGAUUUUCAACACACUGGUUGGCACUGUUGGGCUCUGCCUUAUGGGCUUUGUUAAGAACUCCGGUGUUGCUUACUUCGGUGUUUUCCUCAUCUGCUGCGGUUUCAACACAAACAUCCCAGCUUGCAUGACUUAUCAGUCAAACAAUAUCCGUGGGCAAUGGAAACGUGCCUUUUCUUCAGCCACCCUCAUCGGAACAGGUGGUAUCGGUGGUAUCGCCGGCUCUCUCAUGUUCCGCAGUCAGGACGCUCCCGCCUACCGCCCGGGAAUGUACGCCUCUAUUGGCUGCGCUAUGCUGACACUUGUCGUCAUCUGUUUCAACACGUGGUACUUCAAGAGGGAAAACGCCAAGGCGGACCGUGGCGAGAAGGUGCUUCAGGGCCAUCCUGAUUUCAGAUACACUGUGUAA